AUAAGGCAAGACAAUCGAUCAAAGUAAAACAGAACACAAAACAAAACAAUGGAGAAGCAGAACAAGAUGAAUAUUAAGCUUGAGAAAUUAAACACAAUACUCAUAAAACCCUCAAAACCAACACCAUUACAUCUUCAAACUUUCAAACUCUCAUUACUAGAUCAAUUUUCUCCUAAUUAUCAUACCAACAAGACUUUCUUCUACCCAAAUCACAACAACAAUAACAAUACCAACAAUCAUUUUUCUGAUUUUUCCAAUAAAUCAAAAAUUCUUCAAAACUCACUUUCUCAAACAUUAUCCCAUUUUUACCCUCUCGCCGGCCGUCUCCAUGACGCCACCACCAUUCACUGUAACGACGACGGCGUUUUCUUCAUCGAAUCACGAUCAACCACCACUCUCUCCCAAAUUCUCACCAAUCCUAAUUUCGAUGCACUAGAAUGCUUCGUCCCAACCACUGAGGAAAAACGAAACAUGCUGUUAUUACUCCGAUUCACCUUGUUCAGAUGCGGUUCCACCGCAAUUACCACAUUUGUCACACACAAGAUCGUUGAACUUAACACACUCAUAAUUUUUCUCAACACUUGGGCUGCCAUCACCACCGGAAAUGAAAUUCCACUCCCUGAUUUAACAGUCGCCGCCGCUCUUUUUCCUCCGAGAGAAGUUCCCGACGUGUCUGGUUCCGUUAAAAAUUCCAAUGCAAAAUUCACUACUAGAAGAUUCAUUUUCAAAGCAUCCAAAAUAGAAGAACUAAAGAUAAAAAUCAAAAACAAAUUUGAAUUUCAUCCUUCUAGGGUAGAGGUUGUUUUAGCUCUGAUUUGGAAAUGUGCUCUUUCGGCAUCAAUAGUAGUUUCUGGUUCCAAAACGACGUCGUUUAGGCGUUCGAUGUUGUUCCAAGCAAUAAACAUCCGUACACGGAUGAACCCCGCCGUACCAGAAACUGCAGUUGGGAACUUGGCUUGGCCGUUUUGGGUGACGGUUGAAGAAGAAAGCCAUGUGGCAAUAGAUGAGAUGGUGAAAAGAAUGAGGAAGGGUAAAAUGGACUUUAUAGAGAAUAAAGCAGAGAGGUUUAAAGAGGAAGGUGGGUUUAAGGUUGUGAUGGAGAAUUUGAAAGAGAGGGUUGAGAUUUUGAAAAGGAAUAAUGAGAAUAAGGGUAGUUUGGUAGUUUACAACAGUUCAAGUUGGUGUAAUUAUCCAUUGCUUGAGUUUGAUUUUGGGUGGGGCAAACCUGUGUGGUGUAGUAGUGUGAAUAAUAAUUUUGCGAUUAAUUUAAUUAUUUUGAUGGAUACAAAAAAUGGUGGUGGAAUUGAAGCUUUCGUUACUCUUGUUGAAGAUGAGAUGAAAUUGUUUGAACAAAAUCAGGAGCUGCUACACUAUGCUGUGCUUAAUCCUACAAUUCUUAUUUCAACUUCAAAGUUCUAAUAAUCUCUCUUUGCCUGUUUCCGUCACUUGAUUGAGGAUUUGUAGUCAGUUCGAGACUCGGCACCGAGAAAAAUAAUCUCUCAUUAUUAUUUUAAAUAGUUUAAAAUGUUGGAUAAUUAUGUAAUUUUUCAUUUUGUGUCCAAGUAAAUUUUCCAGAAUUGCCGUUUGUCUUUAUUACUCGUUUGUUUAAACUCGGUCAUUCCUAAUUUUUUUAUUUAUUUUAUAAGAAGUCAUGCCUAA